ACGUUGAAAAUUUAUUUUUUCAUUGUGAAAUUUUUUUGUGUGAAUAUGAAGUAAAUUUUAAAUUUUUUUAAAAAAAUCAAAAUUUUUGUGAAAUUUUGGAAAAUUUUCUUUAAAAAUGCAGGUACAGUUAGAAAAAGUACAACCUGUGCACGGUGCUGACCUAGGUGCGGAUUGUCUAUGCCCGCCUGUGUGUUUCCAAUGCCCGCCGCCAUUUUGUUUACCAUGCGGCCCGGGACCCAGUGGCGCUGCGCCGGAAGGUGUCGCUGAGUGUAUGCCACCACCACGACAAUGCGGACCGUUUAUGAUGUUAAACACGCCAAUGGAACGUAAAAUAGUUUUGCUUACAAAACAGGAUAUUGAAAAUGGCAACGGACAUCAACAUCAUAAAGAUCACAGAGAUAACCGCAACGAUGCUGAUUGUUGUGAUAAAGCACACCAUCAUCAUCAUGGCCGUGAUGAUGACCUUGAUUGUUGUGACAAACCACAUCACCACCAUCAUCACACCGGCGAGGAUGACAAAUGUAAACACAAUCGAAACAGAAAAGAAUUUAAGGUUAUGAAUUACGAUGAACCAAAACCGCCUGUGGAGAGUGAAGUGUGUGAGCGGCGUGACCGUAAGAGGGCGCCAGGCAAACGUCCACGCACUAAUAGCAGAGAACUACGAGGGGGAAAGUUAUACAUCGGUUGUGACUGUGAGAAACGCAACGGAUUACAAGAUGAAUGUCAACGCAGCUUGUGUCAAGGUUCGCCUGAGUGUGCAACUAUUCCACCGACAUGCGCGCCAUCUGAAUUCUCAAAUGGGAAGCAUUUAACAAAACGCAGAUCUGAGUUUGAGAAGAAAAUACGUGAACAGUUUAAAUAUUGUUGAUAAAAUAAAAUAAAAUGUUUCGUUAUAUUA